GAUGGCAACUGCUAUGUGAAAUACAAGGUUGCUGAGCCCGGAGAGUACAUAGUGUUUAUUGCGCCGGCCACGGGUGAGGUGCGCAAGUUGGAGCUGGCACAGUUCCACGACCAGGGAAUCCCGGUUGGAAAAGCCUUCACAUUUACUGUGCUUACUCAUCGUGCAAAUGGACAUCUCGAAGCCAAGGUAGUCACGCCAAGCAACGAGAUUGAAACUAUCGACAUUGUUCCAAUUGAGGAUGGCGAGAGCUACGCGUUGCGAUUCCUUCCUAAAGAGAGUGGCAAUCACUACAUUCACGUGACUUUGGACGGCGCACCGAUGAGGGACUCGCCAUUCCGUUUGAGAGUUGGAGGACGCGAUCAAUGCGAUCCCACAGCGAUCAGUGUCACCGGUGACGGCAUCAAGAAGGGUACAACUGGGCAGAAAUGUGAAUUCAUUGUCGUGACAUCGAAUGCUGGUGCUGGAACACUCACAGUUCAAUUGGAUGGUCCAAGCAAAGCGACGCUCGAUGCCUACGAGCUCGAACGUGGUUACAAAGUUCGUUACACUCCACUGGCACCUGGAGACUACUACGCAGCCGUCAAAUAUAAUGGAAUUCACAUACCUGGCUCACCGUAUAAAAUUCCUGUUGACGGGAAAGUGUUAGGAGGAAGCGGCUACAACGAGUCCUCUUUUGUCAAGAUAGAUGCUGUGGCGAAAACUACCAAGGGUACCGUCGUUACUGUUCCAGAAUACAAAGGAGACGCUACCAAGGUUGAGGCAAAAGGCGCUGGUUUGAAUAAAUUCUUCCCUGGCAGACCUGCGACCUUUACGAUCGAUACUGCAUUAGCAGGAUCAAAUAUUCUGAUGGUUGGAGUAGUGACGACAAAAGGACCUUGCGAAGAGGUUGUUGUGAAGCAUCAAGGCAAUGGUCACUAUGUUGUCACCUACAAAGUACCGGAUCGUGUCAAAGGCUUCAUCUUCAUCAAAUACGGAGACGAACCGACGCAAGAGUAUCCUUAUGAUGAAAUGUGA